CUCGAUGCCAUUACGCGCCUUCUCCACCUGAAAAUCUCAGAAAUUACAACCCGCAUGAAUGCUCACCUCGAAAAAUACCCACCAAUUGAAUUCAGAGCCCUUCCCUUUACGGACUAAAACACACAUUGCCGUGAACGUUUUCGAGCUUCUCUUCGGGUUCUCAGUGAACGUACAGGACCAUAAUACACAUAUCACGUCUUUCUUUAUCCAGACCUCUGAUAAGUAUGUCACCUACUCCUCAAGGGGUGCUUGGGAACUCUACACAUCAUGCAACCUCUGGCUUGGUUCAUCCUUGCCUUCGUUGGAACACUAAUGACACGACAAGUGCAACGCCAGGUUCCCGGCAGGUGCCAGAUACUGCUUUUGUCGUUCAUGACUCUCUUCGUUUCACGUACAUCAUGUUCAUCACCUCCGUAACAGCAGCCGAUAUCUCAGUUAUUGCAGUGCUCCUCACAGUAUGGUUCCUCGUCUUUCGCUGGAAGGCGUCAUCAAAUUAUCCCUUUCCGCCCGGUCCCCCUUGCCACUGGCCGUUCGGCACGGAAUUGCCUGAGAAAUUUCCAUUCCUUCAGUACGAAGAAUGGGCCAAAACGUACGGUCCGAUAUUCUCUUUGAGGAAGGGUACUCAGACAUUCAUUGUCAUUGGCCGAUACGAUGCUGCAGUUGAAAUUAUGGAAAACCAAUGGUCCUCAUUAAUGGAUCGUCCAAGGUUAAUCGCCGCUUCAGAUAUCAUGUCGGGAGGGAUGCGAAUUUUAUUCUUAUCUUCGGGUCCCAGACUGAGGCGUCUACAUAAAGCGCUCCACCUAAAUCUCCAAACGAAGAAAGCCCGCACCUACGAAGGCAUCCAACUGCGCAACGCUAAAAACUUCAUCCUCGACAUUCUAGAUAACCCAUCCGACCACAUCACCCACGCGAGACGAUACGCUGCCAGCGUCAUCAUGACCCUCACUUAUGGCAAGACCACUCCGACCUCGUACACAGACCCCGAAAUACAGCUCAUAAACAGAAACACUGUCCAAGUCGCACGAUCCAUGCGACCAGGGGCAUACCUCGUCGACUCUUUCCCCAUCCUCCGCUACAUCCCCACAUAUCUCCGCGAACUACGUGCAUUCCACGAAUGCGAGCUCGAUCUUUUCAAAUCUCAAAUCGAUAUCGUCCGCGCUGGAAUGGCAUCAGGAAAAGACACCCUCCCGUCCUUCGCCAAGUUCCUCAUCAAGAACCAGACGGUGUACGGUUUAUCAGACAACGAGGCGGCGUAUUUGGCGGGAUCUAUGUUCGGUGCUGGGUCAGAUACCACCGCUUCGGCUAUCAGCAUCGUCAUUAUGGCACUAGCAUGUUACCCAGAAACGGCGAAGAAAGCCCGCGUGCAGAUCGACGCUCUUUUAGGACCCAAUAACCGAUACCCUACCUUAGAGGACCGCGAUCAACUGACGGAAGUGACGGCUUUCGUGCUGGAGACAUACAGAUGGCGCCCAAUCUCUAUCACUGGCGUUCCCCACCGUGCGUCGAAGGAUAUCAUAUGGAAUGGCUAUGUGAUACCCAAAGGAUCCAUCGUAAUUCCGAACCACUGGUCCAUAUUCCGCGACCCCAAAAUAUUUCCAAACCCUGAGGUCUUCGACCCACAACGAUGGCUCACACCUGACGGGACCAUCCGCGACGACAUCAAGAACUACAACUUCGGGUUUGGGCGCAGGGUAUGCCCGGGGAUGCAUGUCGCAAAUAGGUCCCUAUUCGUCAACACUGCCCUCCUCAUGUGGGCUUUCGACAUCUCCGCGGAGAACGUCAACACCAUGGGACUCACAGACUCACCAAAUAUGCGCCCAUUGCCUUUCAAUGUCGUUUUUGAGCCCCGGCUGGACGUAGGCGUACUGAGAAAGUUGAUGAAGGAUUGACAUGUAUCGUAUGCAUCUAUUGCAUUGCGCAAAGGUUUCUCGUCGGAAAAUAAGUUUAUCAUUUGCUCGGGGUCAUUUGGGGAUACACUCGUAACUUGAGAUAUGUAAAAAGAAUCUGAUGCGGACUCCUGCUGGGUCCGUCACCCCAAAAGAAAUUCAAAUAUCUUGG